AAAAAUUGGUAAAUCAAACAUGAAACGCCCCUCUAGCCUACGAAUUCAGUAUAUGACAGGUACAGUACAUCAGAAAAAUUCCGAGGUCGUUUCGUACUACUUAUGAGUUUAAAAAAAGAGGAUCUCUAGUAGAAGAAGAUGGACACCAUCAUCUCAAUGUCGUCGAGAUGCACCACAGGAAGACACAGGCCCACCACUGCUGGGCUUUCAACAGCGGCUGUUAUAGCAGCAUCGGCUUCUGUGUCUUCAGCAUCACGGAUGGUUUCUUUCCCGGUAUUGCCAGAAAGGUGUUUCCCUGUCGUACCAGAACGGGCGUCGAUUCUAAAUCAAGUGAAUGUGAAUGGGAUGCCAGCAGCUACUUCAGAAUCAGCACCGAUUAACAUGAAAGACACUGUUGAUCAUCUACAGUCUCCUGCUUCUGCAAUAAUCAUCAGUAGAGAAGCGGAUCAUGUACAGCCUACUCCUGCUUUAUCUGCCAUAAGAAGAGCCCUCGCGCUAGACGAAGCGAAUAUGGAGAUAUCCGCUGUUGUUGGCAUCGUCCUGUCCGGCAUUGUUACGAUGUUAUGCUGGGUAGCAUUUCGCAUCGUAUCCUCUGUAACUGGGCUAUAUUCAUCACGGUACUACAAUUCCGGUAUUUACCCUGAUCCACGAUGAAGGCUGAAGCAGGCUUUGACGCGUGUCAUCAAUCUUCUAAUGCUAUUUCUCAUCCGGCUGAUCUAUCGGAUGGAGGACGUUGCGUUUCAUGAGAUCGCUUAUGAUGUUGCGCAAGGUCAUCGAAGUGGAGAUAGCUAUAGGCGGUCGAAUUCCACGGCAAGGUAUGUCUACUUUCGCACUGUUUUGUUCAGGACGACGAGGUCGGGACAUGAUGGAUUAUGUUGAAACCUGUUGACAACAGUUGUAAUACGAGCCUCAGGGUUUGUAUCUUCAACAACGAUCAUGAACUCCUACUUUCACCUGCAGUGUUUCGCCUGGGGGGAUAUCAGACCUUCCUACCCCGAGGCAUAACUGCAUUCCGGUGAAGAGAAAAAGGCGACUUAUUCCCUACAGAACGAAUCUUUGGCGCGAUAUGCAGAGGCUCAAAGUCCUCAAAGUCGUCCACGGAGCUCUUCCUUCAGCGAAAUUGCCUUUAUGAAUCGGACUUGAGCCAAGUAUCAAUCUGUACCCCGCCAGCUUCCUUAUCCUUUCCUUCCUCCUCUAAUCCCGGUAUCUUUCUCCACUGGGAAACCACGUCUGCGCCUUCCAGCCGAAGAGAAAGUAGCCGCUGAGGUGCCAACCCCUCCGCCAGAAACGCAAUCCGCCCCAGCUUGUUCACCAUCGACUCCACCCGCGAAACCGGAAGAGGAGAAUGAUGUAGCUGGUGCAAGAAUCGAAGCUGGCGUGUAGUAAAUGAUGUGGAGGGUGGUAUGGAAGCCGGUGCGUUGGAGACGGUUCAGGAGGAGGUGGAAUGGAAGGUGGUGGGUGCUAGUGAAGCGGGUCUUCGAAGAUUUUUUCCCAUGGUGACUGCUUCGCUUGAUGCCGAGGCGUAGCAGGUUCGAAACUUGAGAAUCCCAUCGAGAUGUUUCUUACCAUAAUCUUCAUAGAUGUCUUUUAGUAUUGUCUUCUUGUUCUUCUUCUUACAGACUGCCUAUAAAAAGACGAGGUCGCAUUAU